AUGGACGAUAUGGCGUCUCUUUCCACGCCAGCGGCGGAGCUGCAGCGGGCCAUGAGCGCCCGCAAGCGAGCACGAGGGCAAGAUGGCAACUUUGUGUUGUCUCCGUUCUCGAUCAUGUUUGUGUUUGCGAUGGCCAUGCGAGGCGCGAAUGGCCCGACGCUUCGUGAAAUGCAAAAUUUCCUCAAACUCACUUCCCUCCCUGCUCUCCCGAAACUGGACCAAGAGGGCUAUUCGCCGGAAGCCGCUCCCCAGCUCGACAUGGGGUCUCGGGUGUACGUACACGACGAGUUCGAGGGAAACAAGCACUUCCUGGAGUACGUGGACCUGCUUAAGAAAGAAUCAGAAGGACAAACCGGGGCAAAAACGAUCGAUUUUUCGGAUGCUGCCAAAGCGGUGGAGGAAAUCAACGCGUUUGUCGCGGACCAGACGCACAACCACAUCAAGGAACUCCUAAAGGUCCAAGAUGUCAACCCCCUGACUCGACUCGUUCUCGUCAGUGCCAUGUACUUCAAGAGCGCAUGGGCCACGCAGUUCCCUAAGCACAGAACCGACAAGGGUACUUUCCAUGCCCUCAAGGAGGGCGCCCUUGUGGAGCAACAAGUGGACAUGAUGCACACAACUCUGAAGGAUUCGCCGUUGGCUGUCAAGAUCGACGAUUACGUCACUGCGGUUGCGCUGCCGUACACAGACCCGAGCACUGCAAUGUACAUUAUUCAGCCACGUGAUGCGCAGCACCUCUCAACGCUCUUCGAUGAGAAGAAGAGCGCCGAACUGGGACUGCCGUACAUCGAGUCGAUUAUCCGAGACAUGCGGAGCGACGCGACAGCGGACGAGAACUGGGGGAAGCAGCUGCGCCUGUCGAUGCCGAAGUUCAAACUGAAUGCACAGGCGAACCGCGAAGACCUCAUUCCCCUCUUCAAGGAGGUUCUGGGAAUCGAUUUGAUGUUCGACGUUCAGAAGGCGGACUUCUCCAAGAUCACUGGCGGCAGAGAUCUGGUCGUCUCGUCCUUCGUGCACGCAGCCGAUAUCGAGGUCGACGAGAACGGCACGGUCGCGACAGCUGCAACGGCCAUGGGCAUGAUGCUGCGCAUGGCGGUGGGGCCCACCAGGACCGUCGACGUCGUUAUCAAUCGGCCGUUUGUCUUCCAAGUCCGCUACACGCCUCCCUCUGGGAGCGAAGAUCGCAGCGACGACUACGUCCUCUUCAGUGGCCAAAUCACGGAUGUCGCAGCCGCGCAGUAA